AUGAGGUUCUUACAGAUUCCUAAUAAAAUUCCAAGAAUCAAUCUUGGAUUCCAUAUCGAACAGUUACUACAACCUUCUGCGAGGAAAACCUUUGAUUUUAAACCAACCACAAGAAUAAUUAAUUUCAGGUCAUAUAAUUCUAUGGUUAAGGAUGAUGGUUAUGAUAAAUUUAAUACUUCAUUAAAAUUUUCUGAUGCCAAUGAACAUGCCGUUAUUAGCACAUUUGAUUUAUUUAGUAUUGGUAUAGGACCAUCCUCAAGUCAUACUGUCGGUCCGAUGCGAUCUGCAAAGAAAUUUAUAAAAGAACUAAAACAAAAUAAUGUAUUGCAUAAGGUUACAAGAAUUCGUAUCGAUCUAUAUGGAUCACUUGCCCUAACCGGUAAAGGUCACGGUACACCUAACGCAAUUUUAAUGGGAUUGGAAGGAGAAACUCCCGAAGGGAUUGAUACAACAAAAAUAUCACCAAGGAUUGCACAAAUCUCCGAGACAGAUAUUAUCAAAUUAGAUGGAAAGAGACCUAUUAAGUUUAAUCUGGAAAAACAACUUAUAUUUCAUUAUCAUAAAUCUUUACCAAAACAUCCGAAUGGUAUGCGUUUAAAUGCCUUUGAUGAACAAGGGGAUUGUAUAGCUUCUGGUGAAUUCCUUUCAAUUGGAGGAGGAUUUGUGGUCGGUGAAACCGAAAUUCAUGAAAAUGUGGAAAUUAUUUCUCAGAAAGCCAGCGUAAAGGACUUACAUAUUGCUAAACAUGAACAUGUUAAAUUUCCAUUCAGUAACGCUGAAGAACUUUUACAGAUUUGUAAAAGUGAAAACUUGACUAUCGCUCAAUUGGUCUACCGGAACGAGUUACAAUGGCGCAGCAAAGCAGAAAUAGAAAGAAAGGUAUCUAUUUGUAUUUAUUAUGACCCAAUCUUGAGACGAUUCCGAGAAAUAAUGGAUCCUUUAUGUAAGGUAAUGGAAAUCUGGAAUACAAUGAAUCAAAGUAUUCAAAACGGAUGUUUAAGCACGGAGGAAUAUCUGCCGGGAUCUUUAAAAGUUCGCCGAAGAGCACCAGGAUUAUACAAUAAACUUUUAAAAGAUUUAUACCCUGAUAUCCCAUCAGGAUCCGCUGUAAUAAAGAAUUCAUUGUUACAACCUUUACCAUCGGUCAUUAAAAAUUCAUCAAGCAUGAAUAUUUUAGACAUAGUAUCGGUUUAUGCUAUUGCCGUAAACGAAGAAAAUGCCGCGGGUGGUAAAGUUGUUACAGCCCCCACAAACGGAGCAAGCGGAGUGAUUCCGGCUGUGCUUAAAUAUUACUUGGAAUUCAUAUCAGAGCACAAUCAAGAAGACGAUAUUAUGCAUUUUUUACUUACAAGUGCCGCUAUUGGUAUGCUUUAUAAAAAAGGAGCUAGCAUUAGCGCAGCAGAGAUGGGCUGUCAAGGAGAAAUCGGAGUCGAUUUAUUGAAAGCCUGUAGCAUGGCGGCAGCAGCAUUUGCCGCAGUAAUGGGAGGCACUUUGGAACAAGUUGAAGAUGCCGCAGAAAUCGGCAUGGAACACAAUCUCGGAUUAACUUGCGACCCUAUCAAUGGUUUAGUUCAAAUACCAUGUAUAGAACGAAACGCAUUAGGUGGGAUCAAAUCAUUAGGAGCUGCUCAGCUUGCGUUAAAAAGCAGAGAAUCGGUUGCGAAAGUUACACUAGAUCAAGUAAUUGAAACGAUGCGUCAAACUGGAAUGGAUAUGCAAACAAAAUAUAAAGAAACUAGUCUGGGAGGGUUAGCCGUCAACGUUCCCCUUUGUUAG